AUGUCGAAGUUUGAUUUGGCAAAGUUUUGCUCUGGCAUGCGAGAUGCAGACCGCGACCUUAGAGAAAUGGCGUUAUUUGACUUGCAGCAGGCGUUAAGAGACCCCGACUUUCAAUUUAAUGAGAUGGAUGCCAAUACCGUCACAGAUUUGGUUUUGCGCUGUUUUUCAAAGGACGAGCCCGACAAGGAGGUCCGCAACAACGCGGUACAGAUUCUUCCACAAUUUAUGCUUUUCUGUAAUCAGCAUCAACAGAGCAAAAUGACACUAUUUUUGUGCAGCUGUGCCACUUCCGAAGCAGCACAGCUGGGUGAGUGGGGAUACUCUGAUAUUAUUGACAGCUCCGCAUUUUCUCUCAAAUUGUGCUGUGAAAUUAUGGCGGAUAGGGCCCGAGCAAAUGUUGAGAGCUGGCAACAACUACUUCCUGUUGUACAAGAUAUCAACAGUGUUCUGGUGUCUAAAUUAAGAGAAAGUAGUUUUAAUGCGGUGAGGGAUAUCAUCUAUGACUCUGUUAAUGCCCUUAUUGAUCCUUUCGGGCGCAUCUAUCCGUGUGAAAUCCGAGAUGCGAUGGCGGAAGUUGCUAUGCUGGAUUUUCGUGGUGUGAGUCAACUGCGUCGUCGUGCCAUUCACUGUCUUGCGUUGUUGGCUUCUUUGCUAAGUGAGGAUAAAUUUCGGAUUCUUUGUACAUUCGCGUUCGGGGGUUUGAGUGAUGUCAGCUCUAGUUCAAGAGUUCUACCCCACUUGCAAUUGUGUGAGUCUUUGGUGCGGAAGACGCCUCUUCGUGUAGCAUCAGAUGCGGCUGAAACAGCUAGCGCAUUGUUGAGGGAAAUAAAAAGGCGUACCGAUCAAUACAACUCGGAAGACGAUGAUGUGUGUGAUUCUUUGUUGCGGUUGAUGAACUGUAUGGUAUGUCAAUAUUCCAAUGAAUUAUCACCAUUGCAUGAUGCCAUUUUUGAACAAUGCGUCAAUUUGAUGAAUUUUGAUCCGAAUUAUUGUGGAGACGUGGAGGAUGAAAAUGCGUACGAGGAUUAUUAUAUUGAAGUGGAGGAGAUAGAUAUGUCGUGGAAGUUGCGCAAGUGGUCUACCAAGGUGCUUUCUUCCUUGAUGCAGAAUACACCGUUUUUCAGCCGUCUGAUCCAAGGUUUGAAACCGGAAGUUUUCGCCGCUGUACGUGAUCGAGUGGAGGAAGUGCAACUCGGAUGUCUUCAAUUUAUGAGCGUUCUCACGCAGCACUUGCAAAGCGGUGAAGCACCUUUGCUGGUGCUUGGGAUGUUGAAUGUUCUUUUGAGCUGUAUAAGUGCUUCUAAUCUGAAAGUGAGUGUUAUGGCAGCAAAGUCCCUUCAGUUGCUUUUCGCUCAUCACGGGGUAACUCUCACCAAAGAGGUUGCUCGUGUGCAACAUGUCUUGACAAGUCUAUUGUUUGAGAAAGGAAAAGAGAGAAUUUCCUUGAAAACAGAAAUCAUUAUGGUGGCCCAACAUGUAAUGGGAUUCGCUUUGAAGGAUUCGUUGAGUAUUUCACUUGCUGUUGAGCUUUUACAAGGUGUUUUGAAUACAAUUGAGGUGUUCCGGUUUGACAUUGUGAACGAUCGCAUUCUCCAGGCGAUGAAGACAAUGGCGUGCAUUGCACAAUUAGCGGGUGCUGGCUAUACUGAGCGUUGUAUGGAAGUAUUGUUUCUCCUCAUGGAUUCAAAGCCAUCGGACGCAGAAACAUCUCGCGCUGCCGUCGAAGCUAUUGGUCAGUGUUUCCCUAUUCUUUAUUCGGCGCUCUCUGAGAGUACAGUUCGUAAAUGUUUGGAACGUGUAGUUUCACUCGCUGAGAUAAAUAUGAACGCCGCUCAGGUUCUCUGCUCUAUGCUGGACCACUGUGACGCGCUUCGGGUUCCGUAUGAUUUGCUGGAUCAUUUAUGUAAGUGCGUUGUGAACCACGGGUGUUCGCAUCAGCAAUCAUUGAUUUGUGCUGUGCGUGAUGCUCUCAAAAAUGGUUCUGAGCUCACGGCUGAAGCUCUGAGUCGCGUGAUAAAGUUUUCACAAGUAGAUGGUCUAACAAGUAAAGAGCCUUUGUUUAUACAGGGGAUUUUUCAAAUGUUGAAUGAACUGUGCAAUAAGCAUCAUCAGGUCGCAGAACGAGUGGUGGGAGAAGUACUUCCGGCUGUAUGGAAGGCAUUGCAAGCAGCAUCACUUUCUUCAGCCUCGGUGCAUGCUCGGGUUGUAGAAAGUGCAGCGUCACUUUUUCGUACACUCUAUCUGCAGCUACCCCAGCAUCGUUGCGCAUUGGUAGAAGCUCUCUUGGAGCAUAUUUCUUCUUCCACGAGUCCGGACAUUGCUAGUGAUCUCUUGGGCGAAAUUGCUCGCGAGGAGAAUGCAUUAAUUGAAAAUGUGGCUUCGGCCUUUGCAGCUAGUGAACCUAUGGCUUGCCUUUGCGUGGGCACAAUUGGUCGCUACCAGCCUUUGUCGGACGCUUGGAAAGCACGUAUAGUUUCCGCUCUUACAAACUCGAGUUCGGAUACGGCGCGUCGUUUCGGGUUCCUUGCGAUGGGUCGUGCCGCGUCGUUUCCUCCCAACGUUUCUUUGCUUCAUACUGCCGUUGAGCAUGCGGUUACGGAUGAGAACGACCGAUAUGUGUAUUGGAGGGCUAUCAAGGAAGUCACAGUGGUCGCGGCAGCGCAGCAAUCAUCUUCGCUGAGCGAUCACUCUUUCUGCAAGAGUAUCGAAACACGUCUGAUAGAGAAUGUGUUGGAGGAUGAUGCGGAGACAACAGCCGCUGUACUGGGCGGUUUUGCGCCGUUCAAUUUCAAUGAUCUCUUGGGUAUCACAGAAAGUUGCUUGACUGGUGGCUCAGAGGGACGGACAGCAGCGUGCAUAUCCACACAACGCUACUUACUGGCCCACUGCAAACACGAGAGUUGCUUGGUUCAACUGGACAACGCCAUAUCGGCUUCUCUCCAAUACCUGAAACGCACUUCUGGUGUCCAGAUUCGUCUUGCCGCCCUACAGUUAUUUGCCACAGUCGUUUCUUUGAGGCCUCAACUUCUUCUUACGCCGAUUAUGCGAGAUGCGGUGUAUCCAGGCCUUCUUUCUGAACUUCUUGAGGAUUCCAGCCUUGUUUUGACAAUCAACCUUGGUGGAUACACACAUCGAGAGGAUAGAGGUAUAGAAAUACGAAAGCUAGCGUUUGAGUGCAUGUCCAUUCUUCUUCGUGACAAUGAACAGCAGUACACGGGAAGGGCAAUUGGGUACUAUGGUCGUCUUGAAGAGCUUCUUCAUUGUCUUGUUCACGCCUCUGGUCCUCAGCAGAAGGGUGAAGUGGAUGCCAGUUUGAACAACCAAUCAAAGGCUCUCCUCGUGCAGUUAGUAAGAGUAUGUCCCAAGUUACCGUGGAGUGAGUCCUUGAUAACGGCACUGUGUGAGAAACUGAAAGCGGCUUUGGAAGCGAAAAAUGAGGGUGCUUCUUCAGACGCUGAGAAAAACCGAACAGGAACGAGGCACACAUUGAACUGCAUUAUGCGUCUUAGCGAGCAUGUGCCGUUUACCUAUAUUCCCCAGUUUCAGCCGCUUCUAUUAUUGGCACAGCAAUCCCCCUUGUUGACCGAGUCCCUGAGGCUGGUCAUAUAA